CUCCUCCCAGCUUGUGGGUCUCCUUUAGGCAUGCGCGACCUGCAGCCUGUUAUUCCAACUUUUGGGGACUUGGGAUGUGGCUCAGUGUCGCUGCGUGAAGAUGGUCGCUGUGGUGUUAAGCAGCGUUUUUACCGGAUUACUGGCUCUUCUGUUGUACCAGAAACUUUCUUUCCCCUUCUUCUGGCAGGAUUUGUUUUACUACUGGAAGCUUCGGAGCUACACGCGGACGGUUCGGGCUCGUAUGCAGCAGGGGGUCAUCUCAUACCUCGACUGUUUUCUCCUCCAAGUAAAGAAGAAUCCUACAAAACCCUUUAUUAUCUUUGAAAACCAGACUCUGACCUACCGGGAUGUGGACAGGAGGAGUAACCAGUUUGCGGGCGCGUUGCGGUCCGAGGUGUCUCUGAAGCAGGAGGACAUUGUGGCGGUGCUGAUGUGCAACGAACCGGACUUCAUGUGCGUGUGGCUGGGACUCUGCAAGCUGGGCUGUGAGGUGGCCUUUCUUAACGUCAACGUCAAAGCCAGGUCUCUGCUGCACUGUGUCCGGACGUGUGGAGCCCGGAACAUGGUUGUUGGGGCAGAUCUGGUCCAUGUGGUGAAGGAGGUCUUGCCUGAUCUGAAGGAGGAUGGUGUUGGUGUGUGGCUGGUGGAUCACACAUCGCCCUCUGAUGGCUUCAACAGUCUGCUGGAUAAGGUGGAAAACAUGUCCGGAGAAACCUUAAGUCACAUCCCCAAGGUUGACAUCAUGUCCAAUUUCCUGAUGAUUUUCACAUCCGGCACCACAGGUCUGCCCAAAGCAGCCCGGGUGGGUCACCUGAAAGCCAUUGGCAGCAUGGCUUUCUUUGACUUGUGUGGAGCAACAUCUGAAGACAUCAUCUACAUCACUCUUCCUCUGUACCACAUGUCUGCAUCCCUCUUAGGGAUUGGGGGAUGCAUACAGCUCGGUGCAACAUGUGUGUUGAAGAAGAAGUUCUCUGCCAGUCAGUUUUGGAGGGAUUGUGUAAAACACAACGUUACUGUGGUGCAGUACAUCGGAGAGCUCUGCAGAUACCUGCUCAACCAUCCUGUGGUUCCAGAGGAGAAGGCUCACGUUGUUUGGCUGGCAGCAGGAAGUGGCCUCAGGACGGACAUAUGGAGGAAGUUCAUCACACGCUUCGGCAUCAAGAAGAUCAGAGAAGGUUACGGCUUGACUGAGACCAGCAUCGGAUUCCUUAACUACACUGAUGAGGUCGGGCCAAUUGGGAGGGCGAGCUACUUCAACAAGCUCUCUAUCCCUUUUGAGCUGCUGAAAUACGAUCCAGAAACAUACGAUCCGGUCCGAACAAACUCUGGAAGGUGCAUACCUGCACAAGCAGGAGAGGCAGGGAUCCUGGUGACACCGCUGACGGCAGGGAACCAGUUCCUGGGCUAUGCCGGGAACAAGGUCCAGUCUGAGAAGAAGCUGCUCAGGGAUGUGAUUCAAGCUGGAGAUGUCUUCUUCAACACUGGAGACCUUCUGCUCCGCGACCACUGGAACUUCCUUUAUUUCCGCGACCGCAUCGGAGACACCUUCAGGUGGAAAGGAGAGAAUGUGUCCACCACCGAGGUGUCGGAGAUUCUAGGUUUUCUCGAUUUUAUCCAGGAGGUCAACGUUUACGGCGUCUCAGUUCCAGGAUAUGAAGGCCGAGCAGGUAUGGCUGCCAUCGUGUUAAAAGAAGGUCUGAAAUUAGAUGGAAAGAGGCUCUUCAACCACCUCGUGGAAACUCUUGCUGUGUACGCAUGGCCCUGGUUCCUCAGAAUACAAACGUCUUUGGAUGUGACAGAAACCUUCAAACAGCAGAAGCUGAAGCUGGUCCGGGAAGGUUUUAACCCACAAACUGCUGCUGAUCCUCUGUACUUCUUAGACGUUUCUCAGAAAGACUUCAUCCUCCUGACUACAGACGUUUAUCAGGAUAUUUUGUCAGGAAACAUCAGCUUAUGAACAUCUCAGGUGUACAGACACACAGAAAUGGUUUAGAAAUCAUUUUAUAUCUAAAACCUAAUUAUGAAACUAACAUUGUAAUUCUAACGUAUAAAAGUUUUUUUCCUUUAAACCUUGGCUACAACAACAGAUGUGUGUUCAUAAGAAAGGAUUAUUUUAGACGUUUAUUUCUAUAACUUACUUUUAAUGUAUAAUCAAUAAAAUCACAACAAUUUGACUGUUUCUGAUUUUUUAUUUUUUUUUUAAACCAUCCUUUAUUCUGACUUCCUCCAUGUUAAACCUGCCAUUUUGUUCCAGGUUAGUUCAUUUUUCCCAGCCAAGCUGCGGUGCAGCUCUUCAUGAGCUCACUGAUCACAUGAUGCUGGUAGGCUGAGUAUAAAAGUAAUAAUAAAGAAAUCAAUUCUGUUCCAAUUUCUUAUUUUCUCCGUUUUAUUAAAAAAAUAAUGAACAAAUCAGAAUGUAUUAGUAGUAGGGGUUAUUACGUGCUCCUGAAUUUCUAUUUAUAAU